GAUCAACCAGGAGUAAUCAAGCUGACAGAACCAGGCAGUGGAUCUACCUUCCUUUGGUUUAUGUAAAUCUGCAAAGAAACCACAUGGAUGGAUUUUAUAAAGGAUAUUCAUUUACCAUGUACUGUGUUUUCUGAAAGAUAAGAACAAAAGGGUAUGCUCGUUCGACAGCUGUGACAUAGCUGAGCCACUUGCACCAUGUGGUCAAGAGGGUUGCUUUUCUCACACUUUCAGGACUCUAGAUUUAUCAUGAUGCUAUUCUUGUCCAUUGUUCUCCCAAAGUUCCCAGGCAACUGAUUUUGACUGUGACGACAUGUCUCUACCCAAGCGGUGGAGAAUCAGGACUUUUGCCCUGCUGUUUUGUGUUAUUACGUUUACAAUGUUCCUGUUCAGUUACACUUUGCGGGACCCCUCGCUCUACUUCUUCAAGUACGCUUUUCGCCUGUCAGACAACUUUUUCUCCAAAGGGCUAUGCGCCUGUCGACAGUGCAUGGCAGAGCUGGAGAACGACCCCUGGUUCGCUGAGCACUUCAAUCAGUCCAUACACCCUCUGAUGACCAGAGAGAACAGCGUCCUUUCUGAUGAAACCUUUAAAUGGUGGCAGUGGUUGCAGUCAGAGAGGCAGCCGGCCAACUUCAGUGAAGUGGUGGAGGAGCUGUUCCAAGUGAUCCCUGGUGAGGCGACCUACAUGGAUGCCAGCCCCGAGCGCUGCAGGACCUGCGCUGUGGUGGGGAACUCUGGCAACCUGAAGGGCUCCCAGUACGGCGGCCUCAUCGACUCCAGUGAUUUCAUCAUAAGAAUGAACCAGGCUCCCACCAGUGGCUUUGAGGAAGAUGUGGGUGCCAGAACAACUCAUCAUGUCAUGUAUCCUGAGAGUGCCAUAGACCUGGACAACAAUACCAGUCUAGUGCUGAUCCCUUUCAAGACUCUGGAUCUGCAGUGGCUCAUUAGUGCUCUCACCACAGGCACUAUUAAACACACGUAUAUACCUGUCAUGUCCAGGAUAAAGGCAAAUAAAGAUAAGGUGUUGAUUUACAGUCCCACAUUUUUCAAAUACGUCUAUGAGUCUUGGCUUGAGGGUCAUGGACGAUAUCCUUCAACCGGCUUCCUUAGCUUACUGCUCGCUAUCCACAUAUGUGAUGAGGUCAGUGUGUUUGGAUUUGGGGCUGACCAGUACGGGAACUGGCACCACUACUGGGAGGAGAACCAUUUGGCCGGAGCUUUCCGACACACAGGAGUCCAUGAUGGAGAUUAUGAGUAUAAUGUCACCCUGCUGCUGGCAGACAAGCACAAAAUCCAAAUGUUUAAAGGCAGAUGAUACCAAACCCUUAUGUGCAGUGGGAUGGCCACUAAAUGAACCUCAGCAGUCUUCAAUGAUUAUUUUUCCUUCACCUCACGUCGGAAGAAUGUUUUUGUCAUGAUUUCCAAAGACAUUUUCAGAUGAACUCUUAUAGUCUGUCCAGUUUUCUGUUCUUCACUGAAGCUACUGCUUGAGAAAUAUCACACCUGUCGACAAACCAACAGUUUCUCUUUAUUCCCAGACACAGACAAUGACAGACCGCCAAGACAAGACAAAAGCAACACUGCCACUUGUUUCAAAAUCUGUAUACCCAAUUCAAAUGUGUCAGGGAGUGAACAGACAAGAAGGCAAGAGACAAUGUCUUGUCAGCAAGUAAGCUUUACAUAAUAGCUUUAGUACUAUUAUAUAGUAUGUGUACACAGUUUAUUUUCUUUUUGCUUGCUAUAGACAUAGAGAGGGGCAUUUUGUACAAAAUUCACCAUCGUCAUUCAUGCAGAGCCUCUCAGAAAUAUAACCACUGUCUGCUGAUCUAAAAGGUGUAGGCUAUAUUGGAAGCUUUUUAGGUAGAAAUUGACAGGCAUCAAACUUAAAACUAUCUUAUCGAGCUUCACAACAAAACAAACCACUGACUAUGCUGUAAAUAUCACUCCAGUUAAAAUGUCCACCAUAUGGCAGUGAAGGUGUUUUACAUUUUAAUAAUGGCAGGUAUGAAAUCGCUCAGACUGAUUUGGAAUCUCAUAAAGCUCUGCACCCCACAGCUACUUGUGUCUUGCUUGACUGAUUGCAGCUCUAAAAUGUAGCUUGAUAUGGCCAAGGGGAACUAAAAUCAAGCCGAAAAUAAGCCCCAAAGAACAUAUACUCAGUGAGCACUUUAUCAGGAACACCGUACUAAUACCCUUUGCUUUCAGAACAGUGUCAGUUCCUUGUGGCCUGGAUUCCACAAGAUGUUGGAAACCUUCCUUUGAUAUUCUAGUCUAUGUUGACAUGAUUGCAUCACAUCAUUUUUGCAGAUUUGUGAGGUGCACAUUCUUGCAGCAAAUCUCCUGUUCUACCACAUCCUAAAGGUGUUCUACUGGAAUCAGAUCUGGUGACUGGGGAGGCCACUGACGUCCACUGAACUCAUUGUGAUGUUCAUGAAACCAGAUUGAGACGACUUUUGAUUUAUGACAUGGUGCAUUAUCAUGCUGGAAGUAGCCAUUAGAAGAUGGUAAAUUGUUGCUAUAAAGGGAUGCACAUGGUCAGCAAC